UCUAGGGACAUCUACAAACACGAUCCACUUUUUCUCUUUGGUUCUGUACAUAACAUUUCAUUCUCUUUGGAAUUCUAUGGCAUAUCCACACUUGUCUUUUCUCUGAAACUUAAUAAAUUUUCCUCCACAACCUCAAAAAAGCCUGCAAAAGUAGUUAACCCCACUAGUUUGAAAUCUUUCCCGAUCUUCAUCUCAUCAACUUUACCAAUCUUCUGCACUACUUAUAACAGUAAGAGUGAAAUUAUGAGUCGUUAAUCUCAUGUACAGCUGUAUGUUUUCUAUAUCAUUCCCUUUUCACAUGCAUGACUAUAGCGAAUCCACUUUAGUUUCCAAAGGUCUUAUAUGGUAAAGAAGUUGACAUUGUGGCAUGAUAACAUGACUCUAUCUUUUAAAGAUCGAUGCUUCAUGGUAUAUCUUUGUAUCAGUUAAGCAAAAAAGAUAAAGCGCUUAGAAUCCUCACCCACACAAUCACAGAACGAGAGAGAGAGAGAGAGAGAGAGAGAGAAUAAGUACCUGGGCCAGCCAAUGGAGAAACACAUUCAGCUAUGAAAAUUCCAGUUUUUGCUUCCUUCAAGCUUCACUUCCAUUGAAGAUUGAGUCUGCAAGUGGCCAUAGAAGAAGGAACCUAAGCAUGGAAGUUCAGAGAUAUCUUCUUGUUUUCAUCUUUCAUGCAAGUCUUGCUUCCCUCAUUUUCCCCUUUGUUUCCUCAUCCCAAGAACACCAACAAAUUAUAAGCAGCCAUUCAAGAAACAAAGACAACAGCUUCAAGAUGAAUCCCAGGUUGCUGUAUGAAAUCAAAGUACACGGUUUUCUGCUGUGGGCGUCAAUGGGGUUCUUGAUGCCUGUUGGCAUAAUUGCCAUCAGACUUUCAAUCAGAGAGAAGAAUCAAAGAAGGAAAAAAAUUAUAUUCUAUGUUCAUGCAGUUUUGCAGCAGCACAUUGCAGUUCUUGUUGCCACAGCAGGAGCAAUAAUGUCCAUAAAAAGUUUCAACAACUUAUUCAACAAUUCUCAUCAGAGAAUAGGAGUAGCAUUAUAUGGUAUUAUCUGGCUGCAGCUUCUUCUUGGUAUUUUUAGACCUCCAAGGGGAUCCAAAAGAAGAAUUGUAUGGUUCUUUUCGCAUUGGAUAGCAGGAACUGCAGUUUCCUUUCUGGGUGUGUUGAGCGUAUACUUAGGACUACAAGCCUAUGAAGAAAAAACAUCAAAAAGUGUGACAGCUUGGAAGAUACUUUUCACAGCUCAAAUGUGUUUGAUAGUGUUCUCGUACCUCUUUCAAGACAAAUGGGUCUCUUUACAUAUUCAAGGACCAGUUUUGGAUGGUGAACUGCAAACCCCUACUGCUCCUGAAAUCUGUUCUGAUGAAAAUAAGCAGAAGGAAUUGAAGCCUGAAUCUUGUUGAAGAAGAUAAAGCAAUUUUAAUUGUCACAACAUUUUGUGAUUCCACACAUGCUGGACAUGAAAACAGACCUUCCACAAAGUUUUGGCACUUCAUAGUAUGUUUAGUUACUUUGGCUUCUUCUAUAUUGGAAAAAUGAGUAUAAAACAUGUAGAGUAAUUAUUGAGAGAUUAUUUAGAACUUCUAUAGUUUUACCUUC